UUGUGUCGGCUACACACCGACGAAAGGAAACCCUCAAGAAACCCCUUUCCUCUUCUUUUCUCCACUUAUAUUUCACCACAAAAAUUUUUUCAAGAUUCCAUGCCCCAAAACCACAGCCUUUCCCUCCCUAAAUUUCCAUAGAAAAAACUACAGCAACGAGGAGACUAUUGUGGAAGAGCUUAGUACUGACGACUUGAUAUGGGCAAUUGUGUGUUCAAAGGAUUUGGAGAAGUUGAAGAGAUGGUGAAAGUGGUAACAUCCAGUGGCGGCAUCAUGGAGCUAUUCGCACCCAUCACCGCGGAGUGCAUAACCAACGAGUUCCCUGGCCAUGCCAUUUACCGCACCCGUGACUUGUUCUCUCAGCCUCUCCUCCACAACGAAGAGCUCCAUGCAGGAGAGCUCUACUAUCUCCUCCCCCUCAACAACAGCUUCACAAAACAAAACAAUCAAAACAUUAACAGCCAUCAAGACGACGACAGCAAGAUCGGUAACAAUAUUAUAUCUUCUUCGUCUUCAUCUGUCACUACUCCCUAUCGCAUGUCGUUUGAUCACCAGAGGGUGUUGAAGAGAAGCGAGGCGGAGGUGUUGCCGAGGUAUAACAACAGCGGAGUGUGGAAGGUGAAGCUGGUGAUAAGUCCAGACCAGUUGGCGGACAUCCUGGCGCAGGAGGCUCGAACGGAGGCGUUGAUAGAGAGCGUGAGGACGGUGGCUAAGUGUGGGAAUGGGGUCUCAUCGGUAGCUAAUUCUGAUCAAUGGAGUGUUUCUAGUAGUUGGAAAGGAUCCUUGGGGAAAUGUGCUGAAGAUAGAUGGUGACUAAUUAUCAGUGUAGAAUAUUUGCUUCCUAAUAUUUGAUGUUUCUUCUUUGUUGUAGAAUGUAGAAUUAAUAUCUAAUGGUGUGGUUUUUUUCAUCCUGGA